GUUUUUUUUUACUCUGAGCAGUCAUCAUUUCGUGCGAGUGUCUGAAGGUGAAAGUAACGCAGCUUAAACCAACAAAAUAAAUCCGACCGACGAAAACUCCGUUACCCUCCGAGAGGAAAGGGAAUCAAAUCGUAUGUCCGCUAUCCAGAACCUCAAAACCUUCGACCCCUUUGCUGAUGCAACUAAGGGUGAUGAUCGGCUCCCAGCUGGGACUGAGGACUACAUCCACAUAAGAAUCCAGCAGAGGAACGGCAGGAAGACUCUGACCACUGUUCAGGGCAUUGCCGAUGACUAUGAUAAGAAGAAGCUAGUCAAGGCCUUCAAGAAGAAAUUUGCCUGCAAUGGGACAGUGAUUGAGCACCCUGAGUAUGGUGAAGUGAUUCAGCUGCAAGGCGACCAGCGCAAGAAUAUCUGUCAGUUCUUGACUGAUAUUGAACUGGCCAAAGAGGAGCAGCUCAAGGUCCACGGUUUUUAGAGGCUUUGGCGAUCUGCCCCCACCUUGACCCUGACACUGAUCCCCUCCCCUCCCUAAUUCCUUGGCUGGUAUCCCCCAACCCUUCCCCCACCAACAUACAUAGCAAACGCUGAAAAUGAAAGUGAUUGCAUCUGAUUUAAGACUCUUCAGCAGUAGGGCUUCAUCAUCAAAGAGCCCAGUCCAGUUACAGCAUGGACAGUCAGCAACACAAACAAUACGUGAUGAAUGGUGAUUUAUAUAUUUUUCUUUUAAUUUUUUUAUUUAUCCUUUCUCCCCUUCCCCUCUCUCCUUUUUAGUUAGACUUGUGCUUUCAAGCACAGUUCCAUGUUUGUUUUGUUGUGUAUAAGUUUCAAUAAAAAUCCUCAGAUGCUACAUUUUGCACAAUUGUUGUUGGUUUAAGUCAGGGUGGGGGUGUUAAGGUGAGGUCUUGACAUAUGCCAAGUUUCAUUCUUAAUGCUCCACCAUAAUGGAUUGCGUAUGUGGGCCAGCCUGUUGCAGGAUUACACUGGAGUGCUGCUGGAGCACAGAGCAUGGCGAGCCCACCUUAACUUUUUAAUAUUUGCUUUUUUUUUUCCAUUCUUAUUUUAAAAUAUGCCUAAUUUCAGUUUUCUAAUCUUGUCAUUUUUUUGACUGAAAUAAACAAUAUCCCUUA